AUGGAGAAGGAAACCUUCAAGGUUGCUACACAGAUCCUUGAGAGAUUUGAUCCUUCUAAACUCAGUCCUGGUUCUCGUCAAAUAUCUGUUCCGCGCCCACUUAACCCUGGGAUGGAAUUAAGGAAACGCCCACUAACCCCAAACCUAAACUCUUCUCUAUCUGCUGCACCUAAACAACAGCCUCCUCCCGAAAACCUGAACCAGACAAUCGCUGUUAUGCCAGCAUUUGGACUAGGCGGAAAUUCCGCCCCUCCUCCGCCUCCGGGAGGGCGGGGCCAGUUUCCAGGACGUGGUCCGCCCCUGCCCCGCCCUGUGCUCCCGAGGGAGCGAGGAUAUUUGGAUAAAUUUGUUGAGUAUCUGGUCGGGGAUGGUCCUGCUAAUAGGAAGCAGCGACCUGUAGCCCCUAAACUACCAGAUCCAUCAACAUUUAAACCUCAAGAUAUUGAUUCAUCAGAUGAAUCGUCCAAAUCAGAGAAAAAUUCGGCAGUCAAUUCUCGGCGGUCCAGUCUGGGAGAAUCUGAGCAGGAGACCAAAGCAAUUGAACCGAAAAGUCUUGAACCUACCGCUGAUAAGCCAGAAGACGAUGAACCUGCAGAGUCUAGCGAGGAUAGGAUUCCACCAACAGCAGAGAACAAUGCCGCGAGUAGUAGCGAGCAUAUAGAGCUUAUAAACCAGGUGAGAGAAUCUAGUUUUAUUUAG